AUGAGACCAGAGGCACAAAGUGCCGCUACAUCAGGAACUUACAAAUUCUUAGAAAACUAUGUCCAGAACUCAGUAUCGGAUCCACUGCGCCCGGGGGCUUUAGGUCUUGGACAAUCCAAAGCAUCUCUCUUGGUCAAUAUCUUCUUGAUCAUCAGUUAUAUGACGCCCAUGGCAGCCGGUAUACUGGCGGAUGGGUAUUUGGGCCGGUAUCGUACAGUGCUAUUGUCCAUGACUCUCUACGUAUUGGGCGUAGCAGUGCUCUUUGCCACCUCCAUUCCGUCCAUGCUCCACAGGGGAGCUGGGCUUCCCGGCCUUAUUGUGGCGAUGAUCCUCGUCAGCUUGUCCCUUGGUGGAAUUAAAGCUUCGCUUCCCCCCCAUGCUUGCAGUGUAGUAAAAUCAAGCAGCGGAUCCGGAUUACCAAGAAAGGAGAACGCGUUAUUGUUGAUCCCGACGUCACACUGGAAUAUGCUUUUGAUGUGUAUGAACAUCGGAGCACAGUCCCGGAUUGCAGCUACGUUCAUGGAAAAGGACAUUGACUUCUGGGCCGCGUACCUCCUCUCUCUCUGCUCGAUCGUGACCGGCGUACUGUUACUGUACGUCGGUCGCCGGUUCAUUAGUUAUGUACUACUGCCCGCUGUGCAAGCUCUCUGGAUCGCGAUUCGGCACGGCUUUCGCAUGGAUGCGGCGAGGCCCGAUGCUGUCGCUAGGGACGGAAUAACGGUCACUUGGUCCGAUGAGCUCAUUGAUGAGCUGAAGAGCGCCUUGUUUGCCUGCCGUGCAUUCACGCCAUUUGUUAUCUUCUGGCUUUGCCAGGCGCAGAUGACUACGAAUACUGUGUCGCAAGCGGCUGAAAUGGAGACUCACAGGGUGCCCAACGACAUGCUCCCUAAUUUGAACUCCAUAACCGUGAUAAUCGCACUACCGCUCGUCACCAAAUUCGCCUACCCCUUCCUCCACCGUCGGGGCAUUCCGACGCCUCCGCUCCGGCGCGUCGCCUUGGGCUUCUUCCUGGAGGCACUGGCGAUGGGCUAUGCCGCUGGAAUCCAGGGCUGGAUCUACAGCUCCGGGCCGUGCUACGAGCAUCCACGAGCAUGUGCUGCGUCGAUGAAUGGAUCUCUUCCGAACCACGUCAACAUCGGGUACCAAUCGCCCGUUUAUGUUCUCGAAGGUCUCAGCGAGAUAUUUGCUAGCCCCGCCGGGUACGAGUAUACAUUCACCAAGGCACCGAAGAGCAUGAAAUCCAUCAUCCAGGCUCUUUAUGGCUUGACUGCAGCUGGGGGAUCUAUUAUUGCGCUUGCGCUUACCCCGACGAACAAAGAUCCUGAUUUACUCGGCAUGUAUGCAGGGGUUUCUGGGGCGAUGUUUGUGGCCGCAGUGAUUGUCAUGGUGGUUUCUUACAAGCAUGAGGGGAGGACUGCACGGGAUGAUGAUUCUCUAUCCCAAGUGUGGUCUCUCUUCAAAAUUAUUCCCAUUAUCCGAGCUGAAUGCUUCAAAUCCGAGGUUAGACUGCCUGGUCUGAGGAAACACUGUACAGUAGAUGUUCUGUUCAUAAUAACCUUCGGAUGUACAUGCCCCUAUUUUCGGCUGACCUAUACUUGCUCGCACUGGUCCCAAUCAUCGGACACGAUGUUUCAUGCUCUGUGGGCAUUAAACUUAAUGACAGAUAUUUCUGAAUCCAGAAAGAAAAUUUAA